GGCCAGGAGUAAAAAUCGAUAGCGAUAUGUCCGGCUGGUCUUUUGGCGUUCCGCGUGGUACGUAAUGGACCGCCAGCGGUGAUAUAAAUGCCGCCCAUGCUAUGCCGCCCAUUCUUCCAGAUUUUAGGGUUCUUGGCUCGCGAGAAGGGAGAAAAGGAGGAGUGGGAGAGAGGGAAAUCUUUGGUUUCAUGCGCCAAGCUCGGAUCUGACAGAAGAAGAAGCCAAGCCGCGCGCCGCAUUUGUCCAGCAAUGGAUCGUCCCCCGCGGGUAAGAUCGAGGCUCCCGGAUUUCCUCCAGUCCGUGCGGCUCAAGUACGUGAAGCUGGGCUACCUCUAUGUGGUGUCGCGGGCGCUCAUCUUCCUGCUGGUGCCGCUGAUGCUCCUGGUGGCCGCGGAGAUCGGCAGGCUGGGGAUCGACGACAUCUGGAAGCUGUGGGAGCACUUGCAGUUCAAUCUGGUGAGCGUGCUGGCGUGCUCCGGGGCGCUCGUCUUCGCGGCGACGCUCUACUUCAUGUCGCGGCCCCGCCCGGUCUAUCUCGUGGAUUUCGCGUGCUACAAGCCCGACGACGAGAGGAAGUGCUCCAAGGCCACUUUCAUGGAGCGAUCCACGCUCUCGGGGGCUUUCAACGACACCACUCUCGAGUUCCAGAAGAAGAUCUUGGAGAGAUCCGGGCUGGGCGAGGACACUUAUCUCCCCGAGGCAGUGAUGAACGUUCCGCCCAAUCCAUGCAUGAGGGAGGCGAGGAAGGAGGCCGAGAUCGUCAUGUUUGGAGCCAUCGACGAGCUCCUGGCCAAGACCGGAGUGAAGCCCAAGGACAUCGGCGUGCUGGUCGUCAACUGCAGCCUCUUCAAUCCCACUCCAUCGCUCUCGGCCAUGAUCGUCAAUCACUACCGGAUGCGCGGCAACAUCACGAGCUUGAAUCUCGGCGGGAUGGGCUGCAGCGCCGGGGUGAUCUCCAUCGACCUCGCCAAGGAUCUGCUCCAGGUCCACACCAACACGUACGCGCUGGUGGUGAGCAUGGAGAACAUCACGCUCAACUGGUACUUUGGCAACGAGCGCUCCAUGCUGGUGCCAAACUGCCUCUUCCGGAUGGGUGGAGCGGCCAUCCUCCUCUCCAACAAGCGGUCCGCGCGACGCCGCGCCAAGUACGAGCUCGUCCACACGGUGAGAACUCACAAGGGGGCCGACGAGAAGUGCUUCCAGUGCGUCUACCAGCAGGAGGACGACAAGGGGACGGUGGGAGUUUCACUGUCGCGGGAUCUCAUGGCGGUGGCCGGCGACGCGCUCAAGACCAACAUCACGACGCUGGGUCCGCUGGUGCUGCCGCUGUCCGAGCAGAUCAUGUUCUUCUUCACGCUCUUCGCGAGGAAGGUGCUCAAGAUGAAAGUCCGGCCUUACAUCCCCGACUUCAAGCUGGCGUUCGAGCACUUUUGCAUCCACGCCGGGGGGAGGGCCGUGCUGGACGAGCUGGAGAAGAACCUCCAGCUCUCGCCGUGGCAUAUGGAGCCGUCGAGGAUGACGCUCUACCGCUGGGGGAACACUUCCUCGAGCUCGCUGUGGUACGAGCUCGCCUACUGCGAGGCCAAGGGGAGGAUUGCUCGCGGGGACCGGAUCUGGCAGAUUGCUUUUGGAUCCGGGUUUAAGUGCAACAGCGCGGUGUGGAGAGCUCGAAAGUCGCUCAAGCCGGAUCAAGUGAAGAACGCGUGGUCGGACUUUAUCGACGAGUUCCCGGUCUCGCUGGCUCACAUCUAGAGAAGAGGAAAGAACUGGAAGCUGAGCUAUGGAGGAUUGGAGCUGGAACACAGCGGCAGCAAACAUCUCUACUGGUUCUUGGGGGAGGUUUGUGGCUCUUCUUUUUCUUCGUUUUUUUUUUUGUCUUGAUUUCUUUCUUUCUGCGAUGUCCUGGUUGGAUUGACAGACAGAGACGAAGUCUUUUCCUCUCUGAUAACUUUACUUCGUUGUUUUUGUUCACUCGAUGAUCAAUGGAACGAAGAGAUUUUAAUUC